CAAAAAGCAGCUUUACAAUGUGUCUGAGCAGCCAACGGUAUUGCCUGAUCCUGACCGAUCCACCAUCUUCCGCCAUUUCUGUGACAAAUUGGUUGGUGAUCUUAUCCUCUCUCUCUCUCUGAACAAUGGCUGCUGCGGUAGCAGCAUCGGGUGUCCUGCUGCCAAGUCCGAGCAUCUUGCCAGGGAACUUGCUGAGGAAACCAAAUAAUCAACUUCUUUCCGCCCCCUCUUCCCACCUUACCUUUACCAAGCUUCCACCCACAGGGCUCUUUGUCAGGGCCUCACAGUCUACUGCUCAGAAUGAAGAGGAGAAAAAAAAGAAGAUGAACUUCUUUGACAGCGCUAGCAACCUGCUUACCAAUUUGUUGAGUGGCGGCAGCAUUGGUUCGAUGCCCAUCGCCGAGGGUGCCGUCUCCGAUCUCUUUGGUCGUCCCCUGUUCUUCGCAUUGUUCGAUUGGUUUAUACAGUAUGGUCCGGUUUAUAAACUUGCUUUUGGACCGAAGUCUUUCGUAGUCGUCUCGGAUCCCAUCGUUGCAAGGCAUAUCCUCAAAGAAAAUGCAUUUUCUUAUGACAAGGGAGUUCUUGCGGACAUCCUGGAACCAAUAAUGGGGAAAGGUCUAAUUCCUGCUGAUCUUGAUACUUGGAGACAGAGAAGGAAAGCUAUUUCUCCUGCAUUCCACACAAUGUUCUUGGAGGCCAUGGUCAGGACAUUCCGAGGUUGCUCUGAACGUUCAAUUAUGAAGCUUGAGAACUUAUUUCAUCAGGAGAAUAUGGUGGAACAAGCAAUUGAAGUUGAUAUUGAAGCUGAAUUUUCAAACCUUGCACUUGAUAUCAUUGGUCUUGGAAUAUUUAACUAUGACUUUGGUUCUGUGACAAAAGAAUCACCAGUGAUCAAGGCUGUCUAUGGUACACUCUUUGAAGCUGAACAUAGAUCUACUUUUUACAUUCCUUACUGGAAAUUCCCCCUUGCACGGUGGAUUGUUCCUCGGCAAAGGAAGUUUCAGAAGGAUCUCAAGUUAAUUAAUGAUUGCCUUGAUGAACUAAUUUCAAAUGCGAAGGCCACUCGAGAGGAAGCAGAUGUUGAGAAGCUACAACAGAGAGAUUACCUAAACAUUAAGGAUGCAAGUUUGUUGAGAUUCCUUGUUGAUAUGAGAGGGGAAGAUGUUGAUAAUAUUCAGCUUAGAGAUGAUCUCAUGACAAUGCUUAUUGCUGGACAUGAAACAACAGCUGCUGUUCUUACAUGGGCUGUAUUUCUUCUUGCUCAAAAUCCUCAAAAAAUGAAGAAGGCUCAAGGUGAGAUUGAUGCUGUUAUUGGUCAAGGGAAAAUAACUUUUGAAUGCAUAAAAAAUUUAAGUUAUAUUCGGCUCAUUAUUGUUGAAUCCCUUCGCCUAUUUCCUCAACCACCAUUGCUCAUUAGACGUGCACUCCAGCCAGAUUUGUUGCCAGGAGGAUACACUGGAAAUGUGGAUGGUUAUAGCAUUCCUGCUGGCACUGAUAUUUUUAUUUCUGUUUACAACCUUCAUCGAUCCCCAUACUUCUGGGACAAUCCGAAUGACUUUUAUCCAGAGAGAUUCUUAGAAUUCAAGGAGAGCCAAGGAAUCAGAGGGUGGGCUGGUUUUGAUCCAAAACGGAGUCCUGGAGCUUUAUAUCCCAAUGAGGUUAUUUCAGAUUUUGCCUUCCUACCAUUUGGAGGUGGCCCUCGGAAGUGUCUGGGUGAUCAAUUUGCUCUCCUGGAAUCAACAGUGGCAUUGUCCCUGUUGUUACAGAAGUUUGAUGUGGAGCUUAGAGGAUCACCAGAAUCAGUAGAACUUGUCACGGGUGCUACAAUCCACACUAAAAAUGGUCUCUGGUGCAAAUUAAAGAAGAGAUCUUCGUCUAGUUGAUAAUGUAGCAGCAAAUUUUCCGGCAUUGCUGUGUCUUUCACCCGAAUCUCAUGUAUCGUAGACAUGAAAUCUCAUGUAAAAGAAUUUUUUAUAUGUAUCAUAGUCUGGGCUCUAGCCCCCGUCAUUCCGUCCUCUUGAUUCCAUCAUUUUGGGACAGAACCUUGGCAGUGAUCGCAGUGAAAUAUCCGAGAGGCUUUGUAAAUUAUGAUUCUUCACGAGUUUGUAAGUGCGCCUUUUGCGGCAAUCUUGCCACCAAUUUAUAUGGCUUUUCAUGGGAUUUGAAAA